CGUGGACUGCGGAACAACUUGUUAGACAGGGUUUUAUCAAAGUGGAGGCUGGUUGACAGCACUACUUCUUCCUGCGGGCACAACAGCUGAGCCAUGGCUGCAAUGUGGAGAUCACUGACUUAUUGGCCUUUGAUGGAAGACUGGAGGAUCUUACAAUGGGGCCAUAAAGAGAAAGACCUGCAGUUGGUAAAAAAAUAUCAGCCUCAAAACAAAGAAGUCAAACAGCUCAGAGUUCUGCUUCAUGGACCUAUUGGUGCUGGCAAGUCCAGCUUCAUCAACUCUGUGGAAAGUGUUUUGCAAGGCAGAAUUACUGGUCGAGCUUUGACAGAUACCAACGCUCAAGAGGGCUUCACCAGAAAGCACACAACUUACAAAAUCUACAAACAACCAGGGGUUAUUUACCCUUUUGUGUUCACUGACACCAUGGGCCUUGAGGAGGGAACUGAUGGAGGAGUUUGUGUGGAAGACAUCAAACUGGCCAUGAAGGGGCACAUAAAAGAGGGUUACAAUUUUGAUCCUCACUCUGUGAUAUCAGAAGAUGAUCCAAACUACAACAUGGAGCCCACUCUGGAGGACAAAGUUCAUGUUCUGGUUUGUGUCAUCGAUGCCAGCACAGGAGAUCUACUGGGUGAUACAAAUCUCAGAAAGAUGAGGGAAGUGAGACUAGCAGCGUCAGACAUGGGGAUUCCCCAAGUGGCAAUUCUCACCAAAAUUGAUGACGUUUGCCCCGAGGUGAAAACAAAUCUAAGGAACGUGUACAAGAGCAAGCUCCUAAAGGAAAAGAUGGACAAAUUGAGUGCUAUGCUGGGCUUCCCACCGAACUUUAUCUUUCCCGUGAAGAACUACCACUCAGAGGUCGACACAGAGGAUGACGUUGAUGCAGUGAUACUGAGCGCACUAAAACGGAUCCUUGACUCUGGAGAAGAAUUUCUCAACCACCUGUAGUUCUAUACUGCUGCAGACAAACCUUCUAUGAUCAAAUCAUGAAAACAAAAAUAUAUUUUUCAAUAAUAAUGUGGAUUGGGGUUACUUUUUAUGUUAAUUUUAACGUAUAUUAUUGCAGAAUUUAUAUAUUUCGUAUUACAAUGCACUUCAACUUGUUGCUGCACAUACGUUGUGGUUGUUGCAUGGUUGUUGUUCAGUAACUAAUUUUUGGAUUUACCUGCUAAGUAAGUUUUCUUUGGGAUAUUUCUUUAUUAAAACCACCAUUUAUCAUUCUUAUGCUCCCUGUGUCUGCAUUUGGGUCCAUUCCAAUUGUCUUUUUCCCUGACCGUGACAACCACAGUAUUAUCUGAGAGUUGUGUUUCCAUCUUAAACUCCAACCCUUUAACAGUGAAAGUACUUUUUAACAAUUUUGGUUUCCUAUAAUGAAUAUUUUUUCUACUCAGCUCCACCUUCUUGUGUCACAAAAGGACAAAACAACGACUACUGAACUUGAGGAUUCCAAACCAUAUUUCUCAAACAAACCGGUGAUGUCACAGGGACUACUUCCACUUCUUAUACCCAGUUUAUUAUAAGGAUGUCAUAAUAUUGCUGAGUGACACUGAGUUGAAACAUUGUGUUAUGUAUUUAGUCGUUUUUUCACUUAUUGAUUUUCGACAGACCGACUAACUGAUUGAAUUAAUGUAAAUGGCCCUACAUGAUCGUGGACGUGUUCUUAUUUUGAAGUCGGCUCAGGCUCUUACAUGCUGUAUCUAUUGUUUUAUUUGAAUGUCUGGACCUGCUAUUGAAUCAUUGAGCUAUUGCUGUUCAGGUUAAACCACAAUAAAUACAGAAAUUAGUA